AAAACUCUAUGAAAAAUGAUAACGACAGAUGUCAAUUUAUUUUGACGUAAGAAAUCACUUGAUCAUCGUCCAGAAAUAACCAAAUGCCGGUGUUAAUUUUGUUUGUCUCUGGUGAAUGUUGUAUGAAUUUAUCAAUUAAAUAUUGUCUAGGUGAUAGUAUAAGUCUGGCCUAAAUUUGAUGGUACCCUAAUUCAUCACAGCUGAUUUGAAAUAAAAUUUAUGAAUAAUUUGGACGUAAAAAAUAAAAUGAAUCCUCCUCCAUUAGCAUUGAAAUCUGAUGAGCCCCAAAUUAUAAAAUAUGGUGGUGAAAGCGAUUAUACAGUACCUGUUGACUCAAAAGAGCUCGUUAUUCACUGUAAAGCAGGGGGUCACAGCCAGGGGAGCUCUAAAGUAAAAUUAAUUAAUAAAAUUGACUACAAUUGGGAAGUACGUUUUUAUCAUGGGCAGUUGGUUGCUGUCCAUAUAGAAGGAAAGGUUUUAGCUUUUGCUAUGAAAGGCAAAGAUGGAGGCAUGGUCAGAGUAGUUAACCAAGAGACUAACCAAAGAGCCUUGAUCAAAAACUUGAAGACAGACGUUAGAGAUGUAUCUUUUGCAUUUUUGAAGGACGAAAUUAUUUUAGGAUGUGUUGACGAUAUAGCGAAUAUUUUUAUUUACGAAAUAGAAGAUACUCCACAUUUUAUUAAAUUCAAAUUGUUACUUCAUAUUUAUCAUACAGAUGCUUUAAAUAACCCACCUGCCAACUAUAGAAUGGUAUGGUGUCCCUACUUACCGAGCGCUGAUGAUGAUCCUGAAGCUGGUGAUGAAACAGCCAAAAUGUUUGUUUUUUUGAAUGGUUCUAAAGCUGAGGUAUGGGACGUCUGCUCUAUUCUAUCUAAGAACCCAGAUGGUCCUGUAAAACCAGAUGAAAAUCACGAAGGAUAUGUUGAAAUUGUUCAUUCCAUGCAUGUUGUGGAUGUUUCAUUUUCAUCUGAUGGUACAGCUAUAGCAACAGCCUGUCUCGACGGAUAUGUUAAAUUUUAUCAGGUUUACAUGGGUGACAACGAGAAACAAAAGUUGUUGCAUGAAUGGGUUCCACACGAAAGCAAACCUCUUUCCUGCUUGAUUUUUAUUGAUAAUGUGCUCGAAUAUAGCUCCGACUCAAGGUUCUGGAAGUUUGCGAUAACAGGUGCUAAUCACAAUUCUGAACUGAAACUGUGGUCUUGCGAAUCUUGGACUUGCCUGCAAACGAUCCACUUCAAACUAGAUCCGACUUCACUAAUACCUCAUCUAUUUUUCAAAAUUGGAAUCGAUCACUCCGGUCAGUAUGUUGUGAUGUCUGACAUCAACAAUAGGAUACUGUACGUGAUGCAAAUACAAAGAAGCGAUGCCGAGAAACUUGUAGCAGUCAAAAGUAUUUCUCAGUUUUUGUUACCUGCCACUUUCUUAAGUUUUCACAUAACGAAGGCCGAGGCCCGCAGUACGCCUUUCAUAUCCAACAGCGACGAGGACUUGUACGAUACUGAGGAAUUCGACGAGGAUGCCGAGUUCAACGGAGUAAAUAUCAAUAUGCUGGUUAUCCAACCAAAGAAAUUCCAGGAGUGCAAUAUUGUUUUUACGCCAGAGUCUUACGAAGCAAAUUUCCUAGACAACAUACACUGUGAUAAUAAUACGAAUUCCAACAAGGUCGAGGUGGAAAAUGUCCCGAAAUUGGAUGAUCUGCAAUCAUCGGUAACUCUUCUCAUUCAGCAACAAACGAGCAAGUCUCAACACAAUCUCAUGACACCCGAAGAUUUCACACCUGGAGGAUUGUCCAGAGCCAGCAGUGUCAGAAAUUCCAUAGAACCAACACAAGAGAAAUCUCCGGUGCUUUCGGUCGAAAACGAGGACGAUUUCGAGCGACCGCAAAAGGGGAAUUUCGCCAGUGGCGGCUCUAGCCCGAGCAGGGAAGUUCAGGAAAUUCUAUCUCUGAACAAUUCCGCAUACAGCAACCCGGAAUACUACGAGAACUUGUCUAAAAUGCAAGAAUCCGAAGCCCCGACCAAAAUUUACAAUCAGAAAGAAACCGUCUUUCCCGAGGUGAUAAACGCGAAGGAAAUGAUCUGGCCCAAGAUACCCGUGGUCAAAGAUAACGGAAUGGAAGUCGACACUUCCGUAGAUUUCAAUCUCAUCAAAGACGAACCCAAGAGGGACGACAUAACGAAUUCCCAACUUCAAGCGCUGAAUUUCCGACUCGCCGGCUUAGAGACCGCCCUCAGGGAACAGACCAAGCUGAUCGAGAGUCUGAAGAAGGAGAUGUUGUCGAACAAGCUGAUGCAGAACAGCGUCAACGUGGAGAUCCGGGACGAGGUUGCCAAGGAAUUGGAGGUGGCGAUGUCGAAGCAUCAACUGCAGAUGGCUAAAUUCUUGGAGAGUUUCUUCAGCAUGAACAAGUUCCAGGACCGAGAAAUGUACGACACUUUGUUGGCCAGCAUCUCAGAGGUUAUCAUUGAGGUUUUCGUUGAGAAAACUCCUGUGGUAUUUUCGCACGAGAUGAAACACACCAUCGUGCCCACGGUGAUGAAGAUGAUGGAGAAUCUGAAACAUCAGUUGGACAACCAGUUCAGUCAGAAGGCCAAUCAAACGGAUUUGUUCCUGAAAGACAGCAUCACGGGAAUUGUGGAGAACCACACCUUGACCGACACCAUCAGUCGAAAUGUAGCUAGUACCGUUGGUCCCCUGUUAGAAAAAUGUUACAGAGAUAUGAUAACGAAUAAUUUAAUACCAUCCUGCGAAAAGGUUUGUGGUAAUAUGUUCCAGCAGAUAAAUGACACAUUUGUCAAAGGAACGAGAGAGUAUGCAACUUGGGUGGAGACUUAUUUGGAGCGUCAACGAAAAUCUCAAGAAAGAGGGAAGGAUCUUGUGACGCACAUUAACGCAGCAUCGGAUAAUUUGAAAUUGUCUUCCGAGCAAUUGCUUAGUACUUUAAACACGGAAAUACAGAAAAAUAUGAUUUCCGGCUUCAAAAGCAUGCAGGACAUACUGAUGGACAGUAUAAAAGAAAAAAUAAGCGAAGAGGUAAAGAAGGGUUUCAAAUCUCAAGCGUCUGUGAUAGAAGAUAGUGUUAUGAAUGCGGUUCGAUCCAGAUCCGUGACACCUGCCCCUCAUAUGGUAGAUUCUCACGUGAAGUUCAGCAAGAUCCGACAACAUUUAUCUAGUGGAGAAAUAGAGGAAGCUCUAAAGCUGGCGCUGUCCGCGGAGAAUUUGCAAUAUGUUGUUUACGUUUGUGAGAAAGUUGAUGUGAAUUCUGUGUUCGGAGGAAGUAUUUGUUUGCCGCAGAGCUGUUUGCUUGCCCUAAUACAGCAACUCAGCAUGGACUUGACUUGCAACACCGAAGUUAAACUAAGCUAUAUUCACGCAGCUAUACUAGGACUGAAUAGGAAUGACCCUAAUACGAAACAUUUUGUGAAGAAAGUUUUGAAAGAUUUAGCCUUACAACUGAACAGUUUCAUAAAUUCAAAUCCACCGUACAAGUUCAAGAGCACAGCUAGUAUACUAUUAAUGGCAAUAGAAAAUGUAGGUUCUAAUAUGUUCAAUAUGAGUAUUUAAUUUUAUUAUGACAAAAUUUUAGAUAUUAAAAUUUUAUUGCUUUGAUUAAUAUUCUGUGAAGACUGUAAUUGAAUGUAGUAUUAUCAAUUUUGUAAUGUCAGUUUAUAAAGUGUAGAUAUUUACAAUAAAAGAUUUUUAAUUAUAA